AUGAUUUCUCUCGCUGUCUUUGACUUCGACGGCACUCUCUUCGAUACACAUGAAUCAAUUUCACAAACCAUCAAGCUCACAUUCGAUGCCCUUUCAACCGACACCCCUCCUCGACCCGAAAUCCAUCGUCUGAUCGCCAGCGGUGCUGGCCUAGGAGACACUUUCCGGGCCUUAUAUCCCUCGCCGAGUGAAUUCGCUGCGGUUGAGAACGAAUGGAUUGAAAAGUACCGCGCCCUGUAUGCGACUCAUGGUCAACAGCUUAUCAAGGCCUUCCCUGGCGCGAAAGAUCUCUUGACUGAGCUCAAUGCCCAGAAAGUCCCAAUCGCCAUUGUCAGCAAUAAGGGUGUAGCAGCAGUCAAGACCGCGCUACAGCGGAAUGGCCUUGAUGGCUACGUGCCCGAAGAUUUGAUUAUUGGAGAUAAGACCCCUGGUGCAAAGCGCAAGCCGGAUCCUGCUAGCUUUGUUGAUAUUUUGAUCCCUACCUUGCGUGAGAGAUACGGGGUGGAUGUCAAGGCAGAGGACGUUCUAGUGAUUGGUGAUACAGUGGCAGAUAUUCAGUUUGCAACCAACAUUGGGAGCACUGUUUGUUGGUGUCGGUAUGGGUACGGAGAUCGUGAGGCCUGUCAGGAAUUGAAGCCACAAUUUGUGGUUGAUUCUUUGGCAGAGGUCGUUGGAAUUAUAAAAACCUAA